UGUAUAUUUACUCUACAAAAUUGUGUAUAAAUUUGUGCUGGUUAAGUGUAUGUAUAAAUAAAAAGUUAUAAAUAAUGGCUACAGCACCAAAUGAGUUAUCGAUUGCCGAAAUAAGAAACUACAUGCUCAGUAAUGACUCCAAGGUGACAAAUCAUGCGUUGGUUAAGCAUUUUAAGCACUUUCUCACCAAACCCGAAACCCAAAAUGAAGCGCGCAAAUUGUUUAAAGUUUACGUCAAUAUUUUGUCAACAAUAAGAAAUGAAAAUAAUCAAAAGUAUUUAAUAUUACGUAAGAAGUACAUUCACGAACUGCCCAGCAAUGAUGUCGUUCAGCGUGCAGUUGCUGCAGCAGGAGCCGAAACAGUGCCCAGUAGUCCAGGAGGUAUGUCAGUUAUAUCGGAAAGUGCUAUUUUAUCGCCUAUGCGACAACCUCCACCAUAUGUGCCACCACCUGAAGUUGCGGCAGCCGAUAAUAAUUGUGGUUGUUUAGAUCAAAUCGUUGAAGUGGCUACUAUUGAAACGAGUAAGACAGCGCAAACUGCUUUGGCAGAGUCUGAAACGGAAGCACUCACAAAGAAAAAUCCUGAAGAAAAUCAUGAAUUGGAAGUUGAAAAGCGUUUGAAAGCUAUUUCGAAAGAAAGCCACAAAGAAAAUAAGGAAAAUAUACCACGAUUCUCGUUUUCAUCUGAUGGCUCGGCAACUUCACUUAGCAGCAAGUCCAGUAAGGACACCAUCGAUUCUGAUAUUGAUCCACCCGGCAGCAAUGUGAGCGUCAAAGAGGCUACUCGUAAAUUUAAUCGGCUAGUGUCAGAAGAAGAAGCUAAAGCAGCUGUAGUUUCGCCGUCUGCAAAAAAGAAAGCUGAAGAAAAAGACGAGUGUGACAUUUUCCAUAUCUUGCGAAGUAAAAAAUAUAAAAGAAGAAGUGACCAUCAUAUUGUACAUUUCCAAGAUCAAAUGCAACCAGCAGACUCAAUAAAAAAAAACCUUGAAGAAAACGAACUUUGUGAUAGCUCCGAUGAAGACAUCGAUCUGAGCGAUUAUAAAAAUAAUUGAACAAUAUUUUGUACCAAAUUAUUAGAAAAAAAUUAAG